GUGAAAAGUUGUAAACCCAAUUUAUUUACGAAGUUUAAGAUCAUUUUUUACAAUAAACCAUAGAAACUAUUUAUUGUUUGUGUUCUUAGACUUGUGUGUAAACUAUAAACUAAGUAAAACAAGAUAAACCUGAGAAAAAAUAAGAUUAAUCAAGAUACAAUGAGCCUCAGCCUGGCUACCAUGGACGAAAUAGAAGAGGAAGCGAAAGCGGCAGCAGAAAAAAUGGUUAUAAACAUGAUGCAGAGACCAGGACAAUUAGAAAAGGUUGAGCAGUACAAAAAAAGGAUUACCCACAAGAAGGCCUCAAUAGAGGCUCAACUGAAGUCCGCAGUGCAGGGCAAGCUAGACGGAGUCAGUGUGGGCUUGAAGCAACUUCAGGAGUGUCUUGAUGACGUGCAACAAAUCAGUGUUAAGAUGGAUGAAUUAGAAGAACUCCUUAAAGGUGUACCUCCACUAGUUGCAUCAUUACAAGCCGUAAGAGAAGAGGAUUCGCGCCAUUCACAAUAUGUGACUGCCAUGGACAGCCUUAAACACAUAUUUACAGUGCCCGAUAGUGUUGCUAAGGCUAUGCAGUGGAUCGGGGAAGGGAAGUUGCUGCAUGCACAUCAGUGCCUUAACGACCUCGAGAACUCCCGCGACGAUCUCCUCUACGAGCUCCACCGUCUCCCGAACCAGUCCUCCCACGACAAGAUCAUGCUCAAAGCCUACUUCGAAGACGUGGAGAUGGUCUCCAAUUCCCUGGAGAAGCAGAUCAAGCUGAUACUAGCUCGGACGCUGAAUACUGUCAGGAAGGAGCCGACGGUUAUUGUUACUGCGCUCAGGAUUAUUGAGAGGGAGGAGAAGAGGGAUAAAAUGGCGCUUGAGCAACAAAACCAAACGGGCUUCAUGCCACCCGGCCGCCCUAAGAACUGGCGCACAGUCGCCUUUGAGGAGCUCGAGCGCGCCGUCGCACAGCGCACAGAGGGCACCCGCGUCGACGAACGCGAAGACAACAAGUUAUGGCUUGUCAAAUACCUUGAGUUGACCAGGCAGCUCAUUUUGGAGGAUUUGAGAGUGGUCAAGACACUUUGUGUGCCGUGCUUUCCUCCGCAUUAUGAUAUAGUGAAUAAAUACGUCAAUAUGUAUCAUACCUGCUUAUCGUCCAGUCUCCAAGGCGUAGUGGACAGCGGUCUCGAAGGCAAUGAGUACGUGACCCUCUUAUCCUGGGUGCUGAACACUUACCCAGGCACCGAGUUAAUGGGCAGCCCGGAACUCAACAUUGAUGUGUCCACUCUACCACCUUUACUCAGCGAGGAGAGCUUACAAGACUUGUGUGACGAAUAUUUGCAGAAAAUGGAGAGUAACUACAUGGAAUGGAUGGAGAAGACCCUAGAGUCAGAAAGAGCCGAAUGGAACGGAGACCGGGCGCCGGAAGUAGAGCCACAUUCCAAUGCGUACCACACACACGCCCCAGUCAUCAUCUUUCAAAUGAUAGACCAGAACUUGCAGGUCACUCAAACAAUAAGCAAGGAGAUCACCUUCAAAGCGUUGAUGCUCAGUAUCGAGCAAGUGACGCGAUAUGGCAACAUGUACAGAGAAGGAGUACUGCAAUUCAAGAACACCCACUUCUCCGAUCGCUCUCGCUGCGCCUACUUCACUCACCACAUGAUCACAAUAGUCAACAACAGCGAGCAGAUGGUCCGCCUCGCGCAACAAACGCAGGCCCGGCACUGGCCCCCCGGCCGCCACGACGCGCCCGCGGAACGCAAGUUCGACACCCUGCUCGACACUUUCCAGAAACUACGCGACGAAGCCGCCCGCUUCCUCCUAGACGAGGCGUUCCUAGACCUCGAGGUCCACUUCGACGACCUGUUCUCGUCGAAAUGGCUGCCCUCCUCCAUCCCCGUCGACACAAUCUGCGUUACUUUAGAAGACUACUUCCAGGAUUAUAACCAUUUGAGGGAGAAGAACUUUGAGUACGUCAUCAAUGAAGCGCAGAAUCUGGUCUACAAGAAGUAUAUCACCGCUAUGUUGUCUAAGAAGGUGACUUUCAAGACGGUCGAAGAGGCGCAGCAAGCGGCCACAAAGAUCGUUAAGGAGGCGAACCAGAUCCGGUCUUUCUUCCGGAGAAUAGGCGCCGAGGGCGUCAAUGUGGACUGGCCUUUCGAGGUCAUCAGCUCUUUGGCUGAGGUCCUCCGCUGCCAAGAUAUCGAGAUGCUGUCCCUCGACCUUCACGGCGUCCUAGAUAAGUGCCCCAACAUGACCGAGGAACAACUCGUCCGACUACUCUCUCUCCGUGGCGACGUGCCGCGCGCACACGUGCGAGAAACCGCUUCGCACGUGCUUAGUACCAGGGCAAAACCACGAGCAAGCACCAUGCAUGACUUCUUUAAGGAUAUUACGUUCAGUGACCGGCUGUUAGAACGAUUCACUUUGUAAUAAGAACAACUUGUUGAUAAUGUUGGUCUACUGUCUCUCAGUACCAAUUCCGAGUCGCCAGCACAUCUGCAACUCUGACUCACGUACUUAGUACUAGAGCCAAGCCAAGAGACAUGCAUGACUUCUUCAAGUAUAUUACUUUUAGCGAUCGUCUGUUGGAGCGGUUCACACUAUAAUAAGAACAACUUGUUGGUCUACUCUCUCUCGCCGUGACACUGUGGCGAUGUGUUCAGUACUAGGGCCAAGCCACGAGCCAGCACCAUGCAUGACUUCUUCAAGUAUAUUACUUUUAGCGAUCGUCUGUUGGAGCGGUUCACACUAUAAUAAGAACAACUUGUUGGUCUACUCUCUCUCGCCGUGACACUGUGGCAAUGUGUUCAGUAUUAGGGCCAAGCCACGAGCCAGCACCAUGCAUGACUUCUUCAAGUAUAUUACUUUUAGCGAUCGUCUGUUGGAGCGGUUCACACUAUAAUAAGAACAACUUGUUGGUCUACUCUCUCUCGCCGUGACACUGUGGCGAUGUGUUCAGUACUAGGGCCAAGCCACGAGCCAGCACCAUGCAUGACUUCUUCAAGUAUAUUACUUUUAGCGAUCGCCUGCUGGAACGGUUCACUCUUUAAUAAGAACGACUCGUCCGUCGCCGCAACAUCGACCACAAUCAGACAGUGACCGCCUGACCGGACUUUUGGAGUGCUG